CUAUUUAACAAUCAAAGGCUAAUUGGCUUUGUUACAAAUCCAAAUAGGAGUAGCUUCAUGAUAUCGGGAGCAAUUACUCACUUUCUCAGCAUUUUCUAGACAAAAACUGCCAAUUAUCAUGUCUCCACGUUGUAUAAGAUGAUAAAAUUUGUGACCUUCCUCGAUUACCAUCAAUUGGAUAUUGGCCAAGAGACUGAAUAUCGUAUACCAAGAAAAACGUGUUCAUUCUCGAGUUAUAACAUAUUUGAUGAUUGAUCAGCAUUUCAGUACAAGACAUUGUUGGACAGUCGGGUUUCCUCCGGAUGGAGAGAUCCUGAUCCGGAUCCGUCUAUACACAAGUUCUCUCUGUCUUUUCAGACACUGUACACUGGGAUUUUAGGUCAAACAAAUUGUCUGUCUUUCUGUCAGCGAGACCCAUAAUCCUGGCGGGACCCUUUUCUUGGAUUUUGGUAAUGCCACUGCUUUGUUGUUGUUCCAUCAAAACAGCGUCCUCUUGUCUCCGUUUCAUUUCACUAGACUAUGGAGCAAUCUCGCCAAUAGCAAUCCCAUCUUUCUUUAUUCUUAAAUUCGUUCGGCUGGCCGCACACUUCUCCAACAUCAGAGCUGCCAAGCCUGGAAUUAAGAAUGUUAUAACAGCUCAUGUCCCCCAAGUUCAACAGUGUGCAGCAGCUACUAGGGAGCAAAAUAACUCAAUAGAAGAAACAACACAAGUAGAGGAAGAUCGAGUAUCAAUGGAUAGUGGAGAUCCGGGAAGAAGAUGGACAAGUCUGAAAGAAAGGCUAGGAUUCAAAGGGAUGGGUUGCUGUGGGUCCAGGCGGAGGCCCACUUCUUCAAGUUUCAGCACCUUGGAAACCCUCCAAGAAAACCCACACACGGCUCCGCCACUCUCGUCGGGCAUGAACCUGGCGAUGGCAUUAGCGGCCGAGCGCAAUUCGCGGGAAGAGAAGGAUGAGGGUCCCGCCACCGAAGUCAAGACCCUGAUGAGAUUGAUCGAGGAAACGGACGGUGUUGAUUGGAGGAAGAAAAGGAGAAGGGACAACAAGGGAGCGGAUACUGAUUGGGUGUGCUGCGUGUGCAUGGAGAGGAGUAAAGGCGCGGCUUUUAUACCCUGUGGUCACACCUUUUGUAGGGUUUGCUCCAGGGAGAUGUGGGUGAAUCGUGGGACUUGUCCUCUUUGCAACCGUUCGAUCCUGGAGAUUCUUGACAUCUUUUGAGAUCGAUCCUAUGUAAUAACACAAACAUUUCCCUCAUCUAGUAUUUUUGGCAACAUUCAAUCAAAUGGUUUCAUUUUGUGGAGAGAGGUAA